AUGGAGUGCGGUGGAAAUAAGGAGGCCAAGAAGUACUUUACUGAUCAUGGUAUUAUCAAUUCAAAGAUUGAGGAGAAGUAUGACUCUACCGCCGCGGCAACCUACAAGAAGUUGUUGGAAGCAAAGGCACUCAAGUCAUUGAAUGAGAGUGAUAGUCUUGAUAUAUCAUUGGCACCAUUAUCAAUGACCCAGCAUCAGUCCGAACAUGAGGAUGGACACGAUCAUAAACAAUCUCAUGUUGUUACACUCACAGAUGAUAAUGAAUGGGACAACUUUGAAUCGUCAAAGAAUACAUUGAAAGGAAGUGGUGGCAACUCUGUCAAGAAGACUGGUUCAGCCAAGAAAAUAACCAAACAAUCAUUCGAUGAUGACUGGGACUCAAUACCAGAGACUGUCGUGGCUGCACAGUCUUCUAAGAAGAGUGGCGGCAACAGUGGAGGUGGCAGGAAGUCACAACAAGAGGAUCAACAACACAAUGAUCAUCAACAAGAAGAUGAGGAAGAGCCAAGGUUCUCUAAAUCAUCCAAGUUCUCAAUGGAGCCACUACACGAUAGCAGCGAUAACAAGUCAUCAUCUCAACAACAUGGAAAGAAGAGCAGAUCUACAGAGUAUGCCAGCACUGAUGAGACAGAGUAUGAGCCAUUGAAUAGAGGGGAUGAUCAUAAGAAGUCGACCAACUAUCAAGAGACAGACUAUGCAAGGAAGAACUUUGGUGAGGCCAAGUCAAUCUCAUCACAGCACUACUUUGGCAAUGAUCAAGAUAGUAAUGAUCCCGACAAACAAGUACGUCUAUCAAAGUUUGCCGGAGCCACCUCCAUCUCCAGUGCUCAAUACUAUGAUCGCAACGAAUCACCUCAUUCAUUAUCAUCAUACUCUGCUGGCAAAUAUAUACCAGCUCAAGCUACAGAGAUUGCAUCAUCUUUGUACAAUAACAUUGCCAACACUGAUAUCAAGUCAUUGUCGAGUGCAGUACUUGAUGGAAGUAAGAAGUUGACAUCAAUGGCGACUAGCAUGGCAAACAAUGCAUAUCAGUAUGGUAACAAUGCCUAUCGUCAGUACUCAACAAACAGAUAA